GGCCUGGCGCAUUGUCUUUUGGCAUCCUGUGUUCCUGGGAGGAUCUCCUAGGCCAGUUGUUAAAAAUUUAUAGCCUCUGCACAGUGCCUGGCACCUACAUGCUCCCUAAGUGAGAGAACGACACCUUUAAAGCACCGGACAGAGUCACAGACAUUGCAUCCUGAAGGGUAGCCAGCCGUCCCUGAAGUGCCAAUCCUCAGGUCAUAUUUUAAAUUUUAAAUUUAAUUGUUUUACUAUUUUGCCAACAAGAAAGUUGCUCCAUGAAUACUUACUACAUAUUCAAAGGCAACUAAAUAUUUCUAGGCGGAGGCCCUGGUUACAUCACCCCAUCCUCGCCGGCUCCACCCCGCGGUCCCAGAAAGACUUGUUGACCUCCAGGGUCGUCGCUCCCCUACUUCACUCCUGUUCCUCCCACCUCUCAUCCCCGCGCGUCUGGGUGACAGCCACGUAGCCCCGCUGCAUUGAGCGCUCUGCCAGCGCCGCACGGACCCAAGUGCCUGUCGAGAGCGCGAUCCUGACAGUCUUUCCAGCCCUUUCCCAGAAGCUCGGCCCUCCUAUGCAGUUUCUGGAUCUUCCCGGGCUUUAGUCGCAGGUCCCAGAGUCGAGCUCCCCGGGAAUGACAACAUCCUGGGCCGUGUUUACCGCAGAAACACAAGCAAGCAUCCUUCGUAGAACCCGAUCGCAUUCCUGCUCCACGCUGGGUGGAAGACGAUUCAGUGCCCCCGCGGAGGAGUCUGGGAACUGUAGUUCAGCCCACAAAGCCACUCUGCGCCGGCGUACAUCAUCACUUUUGCCUUCCACUAUCCCUCUGGGAAAAGGAGUCCGAAAUCCUAGAGUUGCAGCACCGUGAUUUGUGGGAAUUAGGGUCCCCGGCUCCAGGAGCAAUGCGCACGCGCGAUCCCGCUUCAGGCUGCAGGCUCCAGCUCAUUGUGUCCUGACUGCUAUGUGGCGGCUAUGCUCUGUCGCCGCGGUGGUGGCGCCUCGAAGGGCAGCCCCUCGGUGACCAGCAGUGUCCAGAGUGGAGCCGGAGAGCGACGGUCAGGUCUGGGGGAAGGGCGUGCUGGGUUGUGGUCCGUUUUAGAGGACAUGGAUCCCAUGCCCUUAACUUCGCAGCAUGUGUACUGAGAUUUGACUCCACACAGAGAAAGGACUGGCAGAAUGGUCUUGUGGUGGACCUGAGGGGUCCGAACGUGAUUGCAUAUGGAGAAGGGUGGUUGUCUCUAGCGUGUCUGAGGGCAGACUCAGGAAGGCGGUUAGCAUCCAAUUGAUGAGUAUAUUCCCGGUGGGGCUUCAAGUCCUGUCUGAGGAACUUGAGAAUGGGGCAACUGCAGUGCAGCCCCUGCAUGUGACAAAGCGGUGAAGGGUGACCUGUGUGAAUGACCCCCGCCCACUCCCCACCCCACCCACACAUACACAGCACGCAAAUACACUGCCUUUGACUCCGGGUCACUCAACCGAACCCAAAGGAGAAUCCUGAGACCACAAAAGAGUUUGGCCUGCAAGGCUUCUGAGAUGAAGAUCUGGCUUGCUUAGCUCCUCUUCCUUUCCCCCUCCUUCCCUCUCACCAGGAUCAAGCAGUCCUGGGAGGAAAGAUGUCUUCAGACUCCCAACCGUACCUUUAGGGAAAAGGACAGAGGAUGGUUUGAGAACUGCCGGCCUGGACAAGCUUUCGGCAAGGGAAAGUCAAAGCCGUUAAGACGCAGAACGGGAAGGCAUGGAGGAUCUCACCAAAGGAAAGAUGCCAAGAGGAAAUGGCACGGGGAGCAAGUCACCUUGCAGAUGAGACAAGGAGGAACUCUCUCAGAAGCAUUAGGGAACUAGGAGCAAACUAACCAAAGGCUAUGGAUGGUCAGGUUCACACCCUGUGACUUUUGACCCAGCCCUCUCAUCACAGGUGUGCAGGCGCUUCUAGCCUGAGGGAACCCCACAGGUGCAAAGCUCCUCACCUGCCUCCUCCGUGCUUGGUGGUCCUCAGAGAGCUCAGCAGAGAAGAAGAAAUGGCUGCCAGCCACCUCCCAGCCCUGGUCCAGGACUUGGUGACCUUCAAGGAUGUGGCUGUGCUCUUCACCCAGGAGGAGUGGAGACAGCUGAGCUCUGCCCAGAGGGCCCUGUACAGGGAUGUGAUGUCAGAGAACUACAGCAACCUGGUCUCGCUGGGACUCUCGGGAUCCAAACCAGAUGUGUUUUUUCACCUGGAAAAGGCAGACAAAUGCGUGUCAGAGGAUGCUCCAGGAGGCUUUGUUCUUGGAGGGAUUACAAUGACCACAAGUAAGAAAUUUCUCAGGGCAGAUAUUCCUAAAAAAGAUUCGGAUCAGUGGAUAAUGAAGGAGAGAAUCACCAGAGGGACUCACUGGGAAUGUGCUCACCUGUUAGACUGGCAGUUCCAGGAAGGUCAGGAGGUCAGGCAAGUGGUCCUCACCCAACAGUGCACUCCAUCAACGCUUAGUGGGCAGAAAGUCGAGGCCUCUGAGAAGGUCUGUACAGGGAGUUCAUUACCCAUUCCAAGUCAGCGAUCUCAAGCAAGCAAAAAAGAUUUGGAAUGCAGUGAGUGUGGAAAAGCCUUCUCUAAGAGUUCCACCCUUAAGAAACAUCAGAAAAUUCAUACUGAAAAACUCAACACAAGUCAGAAAAUGCCUAUUAAAGACAAACGCUAUGAAUGUAGAGAAUGUGGAAAAGCCUUUCACCAGAGUACACACCUUAUCCAUCACCAAAGAAUUCACACUGGUGAGAAACCAUAUGAAUGUAAGGACUGUGGCAAGGCCUUCUCUGUGAGCUCUUCACUUACCUACCACCAGAAAAUCCAUACUGGAGAAAAGCCUUUUGAAUGCAACGUCUGCGGAAAAGCCUUUAUCCGGAACAUACAUCUUUCCCACCAUCAUAGAAUACAUACUGGAGAGAAGCCUUUCCAAUGUAACAUUUGUGACAAAGCUUUUGUGUGCAGAGCACAUCUUACCAAACACCAGAACAUUCACAGUGGUGAGAAACCCUAUAAAUGUAAUGAAUGUGGGAAAGCCUUCAAUCAGAGUACAAGUUUUCUUCAGCACCAGAGAAUACAUACUGGAGAGAAACCCUUUGAAUGCAGUGAAUGUGGAAAAGCCUUCAGGGUGAACUCUUCCCUUACUGAACACCAGAGAAUUCACACUGGGGAGAAACCAUAUAAAUGUAGUGAAUGUGGCAAAGCAUUCAGGGACAAUUCAUCUUUUGCGAGACAUCGGAAAAUUCACACUGGAGAAAAACCUUACAGAUGUGGCUUGUGUGAGAAAGCUUUCAGGGACCAGUCAGCCCUGGCACAGCAUCAGAGAAUUCAUACUGGAGAAAAGCCUUACAUGUGUAACAUCUGUGAGAAAGCUUUCAGUGACCAUUCAGCCCUGACCCAACAUAAGAGAAUUCAUACAAGAGAAAAACCAUACAAAUGUAGAAUCUGUGGGAAAGCCUUUAUACGAAGCACACACCUCACUCAGCAUCAGAGGAUUCACACAGGAGAAAAACCUUAUAAAUGUAACAAAUGUGGGAAAGCCUUCAACCAGACUGCAAACCUCAUCCAGCACCAGAGGCAUCAUAUUGGAGAAAAAUGAUAUGUACAAAUGCUGCUCAUGGAAGUACUGUGGAACUGAUGUCAUUAAUUAUUGAAUAUAAGAGAAAAUCCUAAAGAAUCACAAUGGAGUCUUGUAUUAGGAUGGCUGUAUUUGCUAGGAGCCAAGUUCCAUGAGGCCGUGGGUUUUGAGAGUGUUGAGGAUACCAAACACCUUUCUCUUAGUACUGCCUCAGUUGUACUGAUGGUAGUACUUUUUUUAAAUUGGCCUGAAUCACCAAGUAUUAGAAUCAAAAUGAAACUUCAUUAAAAGUAUAAAUGUCAGUUGAUCAAACUCACAAUUUGUUAAGAUAAUUAUAAAAUUAUAAAAAUUAAGAGUGAGAAGCAAAUGAACAACAAAGUAAGAAAAUGGUGAAUUUUAUUCUAGAUUUUCUUCUAUAAGAAAGUUGCCAUCUUUAACAGAAUCCUUUGUCUCCCCUCACCCACAUCCCGGAUGCCUAGUUUAGAGAAGUUGCUGUCAGUCACCCAUGUAUGAGUGAAGAAUCCUUUAAAUCAUGCUUCUCAUGGUUCUGCUUCUGUUUCAACCCCUUUUGUCAAAUCUCCUGGUUUACCUGCCCACUUGCUUCUUACAUGUGUUCUCCUGGGAAGGUUCACUUGAGUCAUGUGACUCUCUUCUGACUUAGCUCUAGCCAUUAUUACCGUAUUCCUUGUUAUCACCACUGAGAACCUCAUUCAUAAUGCAAAUCUGAAUUGCACAAUCAGUAGUGUCCAUGAUAUUCAAUUCUCACACCCAAAUCUAGCUUUCAGAACUCAAGGUCUCUUUCUGAGGUAAGAGUCAUCAAAGGUAUUGUAUCACUCAGUUGUACAAGACCUCAGCUAACUACCAUACUGGUAAUACCUACAUAAGGGCUUUUCCCUGGGAGCCAUUACCGUCUAGCCAUUCCAAACCAUAGUAAAGUUACACUGUCCACAGGAGUCAGGGGCUUGAUCAAUUUCAAAUGGGAUAGUCCCUACCAUCUAGUUGUGGUUGGUAUUCCUGGCCACUUCCACUUUUGUGAUUUGUCAUCUUCCCAUAUACAACUGACAAGAGACGAGGGCUCUAAGGCCAGUGUUCAGGUGCUCUGACCUGUGACUUGUUCCUGGUCAGUCUUCUGUAGCUACUGAAUUAGAGUGUAUCCUUGUCCAGCUUUUGUCUGUGUUUCUGAAGGUAUUAACUCUGUUCUAUAAAAGCAAUAUGCCUAUAAGUUCUGCCUA